GAGCCAUCCAGUGCGGUUGGAUGGGCUCUGAAAAAGAAAGUGAAUAAGAAUCGAAAAAGUGAAAAAUAAAUAAAAAGUGCCAGAAGAUAAGAAAGUGGAAUACAGAAUUGUGAACCGGAAGUGAGACAAAAUAAAGGACAUUUCUUAUUGCUGUGCGCCCAGUAGUGCGUGUGAGCGAAAGAAAGAGAAAGAGUGCACAAUGGGGCUGCGUGCGACCCCAAUCAGUGUCAUGGGCGUGGCCUUUGCCCUGGCCCUGCUUAUCGCACUAUGCAAUGCUGAGCUAACGCCGCCAUAUUUCAAUCUGGCCACUGGCCGCAAGAUUCAAGCAACUGCCACAUGUGGCGAGGAUACUGAUGGACCCGAACUCUAUUGCAAACUGGUCGGAGCGAAUACAGAGAAUGAUCACAUUGAUUAUUCAGUUAUUCAAGGACAGGUCUGCGACUAUUGUGAUCCCAAUGUGCCGGAGAAGAAUCAUCCGCCAGCGAAUGCAAUCGAUGGCACCGAGGCCUGGUGGCAGAGUCCACCCCUGUCCCGUGGCAUGAAAUUCAACGAAGUCAAUUUGACCAUCAAUUUCGAACAGGAAUUCCAUGUCGCUUACCUGUUCAUACGCAUGGGUAACUCGCCGCGUCCAGGCCUCUGGACGCUGGAGAAGUCGACGGAUUAUGGCAAGACCUGGACACCCUGGCAGCACUUCUCCGACACGCCCGCCGAUUGUGAGACCUACUUUGGCAAGGACACCUAUAAGCCAAUAACGCGCGACAACGAUGUCAUUUGCACCACGGAAUACUCGAAAAUUGUGCCGCUAGAGAAUGGAGAAAUACCCGUUAUGCUGCUAAAUGGACGUCCCUCGUCCACCAACUACUUCAACUCGACGGUGCUGCAGGAAUGGACGCGUGCCACCAACGUGCGCAUACGUCUGUUGCGUACCAAGAAUCUGCUGGGUCAUCUGAUGUCUGUGGCACGACAGGAUCCGACAGUAACGCGACGUUAUUUCUACUCGAUUAAGGACAUCUCGAUCGGUGGACGUUGCAUGUGCAAUGGUCAUGCCGAUACCUGCGAUGUCAAGGAUCCACUCAGUCCUGUGCGCAUCCUAGCCUGUCGCUGCCAGCAUCACACCUGCGGCAUUCAGUGCAACCAGUGCUGUCCGGGAUUCGAGCAGAAGAAGUGGCGUCAGAACACCAACGCACGUCCAUUCAACUGCGAGCCCUGCAACUGCCAUGGCCACAGCAACGAGUGCAUCUACGAUGAGGAUGUGAACCGCAAGGGUCUCUCCCUGGAUAUCCAUGGCCACUACGAUGGCGGCGGCGUCUGCCAGAAUUGCCAACACAACACCGAAGGCACCAACUGCAACAAGUGCAAGCCCAAAUACUAUCGCCCCAGGGGCAAGUACUGGAACGAGACGGAUGUCUGCAGUCCCUGCAACUGCGAAUUCUUCUACUCGACGGGUCACUGCGAGGAGGAGACGGGCAAGUGCGAGUGCCGUGCUGCCUUCCAGCCACCCAACUGUGACUCCUGCUCCUAUGGCUACUACGGCUAUCCGCAGUGCCGUGAAUGCGAGUGUAAUUUGAACGGCACCAACGGCUACAACUGCGAGGCUGUCAAUGGCAUCUGUCCCUGCAAGACCAAUUUCGCUGGCGCCCUUUGCAAGGAGUGUGCCGAGUCGUAUUACGGCUUCCCCGAGUGCAAGGCCUGUCAGUGCAAUAAGCUGGGCUCCAUCAACAAUGACUGCGACGUCAUCUCCGGCAACUGCACCUGUCUCAGCAAUUGGGGUGGCGCACAGUGCGAGCGCUGCAAGGAUGGCUACUACAACGAGCCCACGUGCUCCUACUGUGACUGCGACCACGAGGGCACCGAGUCGGAAAUCUGCAACAAGGAAUCUGGACAGUGCAUCUGUCGUGAAGGUUUCGGUGGACCGCGCUGCGAUCGCUGCCUGCCCGGAUAUUUCAACUAUCCAUCGUGUCAGCCCUGCAACUGCUCCACCACUGGCAGCUCGGCGGUCACUUGCGACAACACCGGCAAGUGCAACUGCCUGAUCAACUAUUCCGGCAAGCUCUGCAACAUGUGCAGUGCCGGCUAUUACAACUAUCCGGAGUGCUUGCCUUGCAACUGCGAUGAACAUGGCUCGGAGGGUGUCACCUGCAAUGAGGAUGGAUGUUUCUGUAAGCCCAACUUUGAUGGUCGUCAGUGCGAGAGGUGCAAGGAAUCCUUCUACAAUUUCCCCGCCUGCGAGGGCUGCAACUGCGAUCCUGCGGGUGUGAUCGAUCAAUUUGCUGGCUGCGGCUCAGUGCCCGUGGGUGAGCUGUGUAAGUGCAAGGAGCGUGUAACGGGCAGGAUUUGCAAUGAGUGCAAGCCGCUUUACUGGAACUUGACCGUUAGCAAUCCGGAGGGCUGUCAGGAAUGCGAUUGCUUCAUUGAUGGCACCGUUUCGGGCCUAGACACUUGCGCCUCCAAGUCGGGCAAUUGCCACUGCAAGCCGCACACCAUGGGCCGUCAGUGCCGCGAAUGCAAGGAUGGCACCUUUGAUCUGGAUGGCUCCUCGCUGUUUGGCUGCAAGGACUGCAGCUGUGAUGUUGGCGGCUCGUGGAAGAGCGAAUGCGACAAGAUCAGCGGCCAGUGCAAAUGCCAUCCACGUGUUACGGGUCGCGCCUGCACACAGCCGCUGACAACUCACUAUUUCCCCACGCUGCAUCAGUUCCAAUAUGAGUACGAGGAUGGUCAGCAGCCAUCAGGCACUCAGGUGCGCUAUCAGUCCGAUGACCAGGUCUUCCCAGACUUCAGCAGCAAAGGCUACGCCGUGUUCAUCGACAUACAGAACGAGGUGCGCAAUGAGCUGACUGUGGUCAAGUCCUCGGUAUAUCGUGUUGUCAUACGCUACAUGAACCCCAACGAGAAGAACGUUACAGCAAGCAUACUCAUACAGUCCGAGAAUCCGCUCGAGGUGGACCAGAAUGUCAAGGUUCUGCUGCGCCCAACUAGCGAGCCAGAGUUUGUCACCGUCUCUGGACCCAAGGGCAACAAGCCCUCGGCAGUGGUCCUUGAUCCUGGACGUUACAACUUCACCACCAAGGCCAACAAGAACGUGAUGCUGGACUACUUUGUGCUCUUGCCCGCUGCCUACUAUGAGGCAUCCAUACUGACCCGUCACAUUGCCAAUCCUUGUGAGCUGGGCAACAUGGAGCUUUGCCGCCACUAUAAAUACGCCUCCGUCAACGUCUUCGAGCCAGCGUCAAACCCUUUCGUUAUUGGCGCCAAUGAUAAGCCGACAAAUCCCACCGAGGUCUACAGCGAUUCAGAACAUUUGGAGAUUGUCAGCCAUGUGGGCGAGAUACCUGUGCUUAGCAACACCCAAAAGGAGCUCAACUACAUCGUGGAUGUGCCGCGCAGUGGACGCUAUAUCUUUGUCAUCGAUUACAUCAGCGAGAGAAACUAUGCAGUGCCGUACGAUGUGAAUCUCAGGCUAGGCAAUGAUCCAGACUCUCAAUCGUCGGUCUAUCUGUACCCAUGUCUUUACUCCACGGUCUGUCGCACGCCGAUCAAUGAUGAUGGCCGCGAAAAGGCCUUCUAUAUCAACAAGGAUGAACUGCAGCCAGUUACCAUAUCGGCGGAUAUCGAUGACGUCUUUCGCGUGCCCAUUAUUUCCGUAACGGCCAUACCAGUCGACCAGUGGUCGAUUGAUUACAUCAAUCCAAGUCCUGUGUGUGUUAUACACAACAAGGUAUGCGCCACGCCGAAAUUCCGCUCAGUUCCCGACUCGAAGAAGAUCGAAUUCGAAACUGAUCACGAGGACCGCAUUGCCACUAACAAACCUCCAUAUGCUGCCUUUGAUGAGCGUGUGAAGCUUGUGCACUUGGACACCCGCGAGGAGGGCACAAUUGUGAUUGAGUCCAAGGUGUCGGAGCCACAUCGUUAUGUCAUUUUGGUGAAGUACUAUCAGCCCAAUCAUCCCAAGUAUCAGGUGCUCUACACACUAACCGCUGGCAAGAAUCAAUACGAUGGCAAGUUCGAUAUACAGCAUUGCCCAUCCAGUUCCGGUUGCCGUGGCGUCAUUCGACCCACUGGCGAUGACUGGUGGUUCGAUAUUGAGGAUGACUUCAAGUUCACACUGACGAACUCGCGUGCGCAAGGAGUGUGGUUGGACUAUUUGGUGGUGGUGCCCGUCGAUCAAUAUAACGACGAUCUGCUGGUGGAGGAGACAUUCGAUCAGACCAAGGAGUUCAUCAAGAAUUGCGGCCAAGACCAUUUCCACAUCACACACAACGCCAGUAAAUUCUGCCAGAAUGCCGUCUUCUCACUGACCGCCGACUACAACAGCGGCGCAUUGCCGUGCAAUUGCGACUAUGCCGGCUCGACCAGCUUUGAGUGUCAUCCAUUCGGCGGACAGUGCCAGUGCCGUAAGAAUGUGAUAGGACGUCAGUGCACGGCUUGCCGCACAGGCUAUUAUGGCUUCCCCGAUUGCAAGCUUUGUGACUGCCCCAGCACUGCCAUGUGUGAGCCAACCACAGGAGAGUGCAUGUGCCCGCCAAACGUGAUUGGAGCUCUGUGCGACAAGUGUGCGGCGAAUACCUAUGGCUUCCAUCAGGUGAUCGGCUGCGAGAGCUGUAACUGCAACUAUAUGGGCAUAGCGCACGGAAAUCAGCAGUGCGACAUGUUCAAUGGCUCCUGUCAGUGUCGCGACAAUAUCGUUGGCCGUGCCUGCGAUACCUGUGCCCAUGGCUUUUAUGAAUUCCCGCGCUGUAGCCAGUGCAGCUGCCAUACGCCGGGCACGGAGCUGGAGGUGUGCGACAAGAUCGAUGGUAGCUGCUUCUGCAAGAAGAAUGUGGUUGGACGCGAUUGUGAUCAGUGCGUGGAUGGCACAUACAACUUGCAGGAGAGCAAUCCCGACGGAUGCACCACGUGCUUCUGCUUUGGCAAGACAUCGCGCUGCACCAGUGCCUAUCUGCGCGUCUACAAUGUCAGCCUGAUGCGCCACACGACGAUCAACUCGGCUGACUUCACCAACAAGAGCAUUGAAUUCGAGAUAUGGGAUGUGUCGCAGGAGGAUCUUAUUGUGAAUGAGACCACGCUGCAAGCGGACUUCUCCUUGAGGGAAACGAACGAUCAGCGCGUUGCCUACUUUGGCCUCCUUGACUACCUGCUCAAUCAGAAUAGUCACAUAUCUGCAUAUGGCGGAGAUCUGGCCUACACGCUAUACUUUACGUCGGGCUUUGUGGGCAAGGCCAUUGUGGCACCGGAUGUCAUACUGCUCAGCAAGGAUCAUGUACUUGUCCAUCAGAGCUACGAACAGCCCAGCAGCAAUUUGCCCUUCAAGAAUCGACUGCAAAUGGUGGAGACCAACUUCCAGACGCAGAGUGGCAAAUCUGUUAGCCGUGCUGACUUCAUGAUGGCUUUGCGUGAUCUGAGAAUGAUCUUCAUACGAGCCAACUACUGGGAACAGACGCUCAAUACGCAGAUCUCGGAUGUCUACUUGACGCUGGCCGACGAAGAUGCCGAUGGCACGGGCGAAUAUCAAUUCCUGGCCGUGGAGCAAUGCCAGUGCCCGCCCGGCUAUGCCGGACACUCGUGUGAGGACUGCGCUCCUGGCUAUCAUCGUGUAGAGAACGGGCCAUAUGGCGGCUACUGCGUCCCCUGCGACUGCAAUGGCCAUGCCGAGACCUGUGACUGCGCCACUGGCAUCUGUAAAGACUGUCAGCACUCGACGCGUGGCGACCACUGCGAGCAAUGUGUGGCUGGCUAUUAUGGCAAUGCCACCAAUGGCUCGCCGCACGAUUGCAUGAUAUGCGCCUGUCCACUGCCCUUCGAUUCCAAUAACUUUGCCUCCGGAUGUGAGAUUUCUGAGUCGGGCAAGGAGAUCCACUGCGAGUGUCUGCCCGGUUACACGGGCGCACGCUGCGAGAGCUGCGCCAACGGCUUCUAUGGCUCACCCGAGACACCGGGUGAUGUGUGCAAGCCCUGCGAAUGCUCUGGCAACAUAAAUCCCAAUGAGCAAGGUGCCUGCGACACACGCACAGGUGAAUGUCUGCGCUGUCUGAACAACACCUCGGGCAUGGCUUGCAAUCUGUGCGCACCUGGAUUCUACGGUGAUGCUGUGCAGCUAAAGAACUGUCAGAGCUGCGACUGCGAUGAGCUGGGCACGCUGGAGUGCGAUCCGUUCGUGGGCAAAUGCAAGUGUCAUGAGAACGUUAUUGGUGAACGCUGCGAUCGCUGCAAACCCGAUCAUUACGGCUUCGAUUCCGGCAUUGGCUGCCGCGCCUGCGACUGCGGAGCUGCAUCCAACUCUACCCAAUGCAACGAACAUACGGGACACUGCUUGUGCAAACCGGGCGUCACGGGUCGUCAAUGUGAUCGCUGCACCGUGGACCACUGGAAAUAUGAGAAGGAGGGCUGCACGCCAUGCAACUGUAAUCAGGGCUAUUCUCGUUCCGGCACUGGCUGUAAUCCGCAGACGGGUCAGUGCGUCUGCCUGCCUGGUGUGAUUGGAGACCGCUGUGAGGCGUGCCCGAACCGCUGGGUGCUCACUGAAGAUGGCUGCAUGGAGUGCAACAAUUGUCAUCAUGCGCUCCUAGAUCUAACCGAUAAGAUGCGCUAUCAAAUCGAUGGUGUCCUGCAGGAUUUCGAAACUGUCAGCUUGGCCUUCUUUACCAGCCAAAAGCUGAACUACUAUGACGAGCUGGCGGAUGAGCUGGUGCCCAAGGUGCACGCCCUGGAUCCAACCAGCGUCAAUUUGUCGCCAUCGCAAAAGCUCAACAACGAGCUGGAAGCGGCUAGCAAAUUGUAUGCCAAGCAGGUCAAUCAAACGCUCGGCAAUGCUAUGGACAUUCGUCUAAGAUCUGGCGUUUUGCUAAGCAACGUGUCCGCUGUGCAUGACGAGGCGCUGGGUAGCGCGCAACACGCACGAGACGCCAUUGAAGCUGUCGAAUCUCUGUCUGAGAAUAUGGAGGUGACGGCUAGCACCAAAAUUGAUGCCGCCUUGGAUCAGGCCCAGAACUUACUCAACCAAAUCAAUGCCACCACCAUCGAAGUGCAGACCAAUGAGUUGGUCCUGGAGAAGGCGCGCCAACUCUACGAUGAGGUGGACAUAUUAGUCGAUCCCAUCAAGAAGCAAAACAGAAGCCUCAUUGCCUUGAAGAACGAAAUCGGUGAAUUCAGCGACAAGCUGGAGGAUCUAUUCAACUGGAGCGAGCAAUCGCAGAGUCAGUCCAGCGAUGUGGAACGUUUGAAUGUGUUGAACAAGCAGGCAUACGAUAAUUCCAAAUUCGAUACAGUUUCCGAGCAGGAGCGCGAGGCGGAGAAUAAUAUCAAGGAAGCGGUUAACUAUCUGAAAAAUGGCGACUUUACGCUGACCCACAUUGAAAAGAAGCUCGACGAUCUGCGCACGGCAUUGACGCAGCUGAAGGCUGUCAACAUGGACGUCGACAACUAUCUGCCGGAACGCGACGCGCAGUACACUGAAGCCGCCGAGCUGACACAGCAGGCGGAAGAACGUGCAGCCGAAUUGAGCUUCAGAGCCCAGGAUUUGACUACCCAAUAUUUCAAUAUGACAUCCAGCUCGGAACCAGCCAUGCAGGCAGCGACCGCUUAUUCGAACAUUGUUGAUGCUGUGCAGUCGGCCGAGGCAUCGGCGCAGGAGGCCAAGAUCGCUGCAACCAAUGCCACUCAGCAAACAGAUGGCAUUGAGGAUCGAGCCAGCGAUGCUGCUACUAGGUCUCUGGAGCUGUUGCAGAAGGCAAAUCAAGCGCUGCUUAAGGUGCAGGAUGAUCUGGAGCCGCGUCUGAAUGGUUCGGCUGGCAAAGUACAGGAAAUCUCGCAAUUGAAUGGCGCCACCAACGAUCAGUUGAAGGAGAUCAACAUUCUGAUCGAGAAAUUACCAGCUGAAACGCAGCGUGAUAUGUGGAAGAGCUCGAAUAGCAAUGCCAGCGAUGCUCUGGAAAUUUUAGAGAAUGUGCUCAAAAUCCUGGAACCAGUUAGCGCACAGACACCCAAAGAGCUGGACAAGGCACGGAACAUAAGUCGCGAUGUGGACAUAACCAACAAAGACAUCUCGCAGGCCAACAAUCAAUUGGACAGCGUUGAGACGAGCGUACCAAAGCUUGGCCAACUUGUCGAUGACAUUGGCUCCGAACAGCAGCAGGUGGCGAAACGCAGUCAGCAACUCGGCGAGGACAUUGAGCACCUGAAGCGACAAAUUGAAACCGCCAGACGCAUAGCCAACAAUAUUAAGGUGGGCGUUCACUUUACAAACAACACCGUGCUGGAACUGAAGACGCCCGAAAAGGUGCCGCUGCUGGCCACCAAGACCAAGUUGUCGGCGGCCUUCAGAACCAACGAGCCAAACGGCUUCCUCCUGUAUUUGGGCAACGACAACAAGACCAGCCAGAAGAACAAUGACUUUGUGGCCAUGGAGAUACUCAAUGGCUAUCCGAUAAUGACCAUUGAUCUGGGCAACGGACCGGAGCGAAUCACCAGCGAUAAGUAUGUGGCCGACGGCAAUUGGUAUCAGGCCAUAUUCGAUCGUGUGGGCUCCAAUGCCAAGCUCACCAUACGAGAGCAGCUGAAAAAUAAGGUGAAGGAUCAUACCAAGUCCGCCAUUUUGGUUGGCGCCAACAACGUGCUGCAUGUGGAUCGCAACAGUCGACUCUUUGUUGGCGGCUAUCCGGGUCCCUCCGAUUUUAUCGCACCCGAUGACAUCAACUUCAGCUCCUUCAAUGGCGACAUUGAGGACUUACGCAUAGGCGAUGAGAACGUUGGCCUCUGGAACUUUGUCUAUGGCGAGGAGAACAAGCAGGGCGCUAAAGAACGUGACGUCCUGCUCGAGGAUCAAAUGCCAGUCACUGGGCUGCGCUUCAAGGGCAACGGAUUUGUCCAACUAAAGGCAUCGCAGUUCAACUUUAAGCUACGCUCGAGCAUUCAGUUCCGCUUCAAGGCCGCCAAGGAUUCCGGCAACGGUCUGUUGUUCUUCUAUGGCCGUGGCACGCAUUACAUGUCCAUUGAGCUGGUCAAUGGGGCAAUCUUUUUCCGUUUCAAGCUGGGUGGCGGCUUGGUAUCGUCGGGCAGUCAGGAGCACUACAAUGACAAUCAGUGGCAUCGUGUGGUAGCCGAGCGAGAAGGUCGCCAAGGUCUGCUCAAGGUGGACGAUGUGCUGAUCUUCAACGAGAAGGCGCCCGCCGGCAGCACAGAAGACAUGCCCAAUCUGAAGCGCAUGUACUUCGGCGGCUAUCCGGGACCUCGCAAUUUUUCAGAAAUUGUCAAACAGAACUUUGAUGGUUGCAUCGAUGAUGUCAGCAUCGCCGGGCAGAAAGUGGAUCUCACGCAGUAUGCAAAUGGCACUGGCGUGGCCGAAGGCUGUCCCGACAAGUACUCCACAUCUCUGUCGUAUCCACCGCAUGAAUAUGGCUUCCUUCGCAUCGCUAAUAUCUCGUCCAACAACAAUUUCGAUGUGGUGUUGAGCUUCAAGACCCGCCAGCUCGAUGGCGUGCUCUUCUAUGCCGCCAAUCAUGACCAAAGCUCAACCAUAGCCCUCACCCUGGAUCGUGGCUAUCUCACGCUGCGCAGCAUGGGUAGCGAGCUGGUCAUCAACAAUCAACUGUUCAACGAUGGCGAGGAUCAUUCGGUCACCGUGCACCACGGCGCCGAUCAGCUGCGGCUCUCCGUUGAUGACAGCUGGGAUGCACGGCUGGGCAUGCCGUCACCUCUUGAAAUAAGUGGCGGCGAUAUAUUCUUUGGCGGAAUACCAGACAACUAUGUUCCACCCAAGGGUGCCAUAUCCACAUUGGCCUAUUUCUUAGGCUGCAUUCGCGACGUCACUGUCAACGGGGAGACCAUCAACUUUGCGGAUAGCGCUGAGAAGAAGAAUGGCAACAUCAAUGGUUGUCCCCAGGAUAUACUAGCUUACGAGCCGAGCUCGAUGCCCAUCUACUAUCCAUUUGGUACCAAUGAGCUAGAGCCGCCACCAAAUAGGUCAGACAACGUGGAUAUGUUUAUGAUUUCACCAACUGAACAUACAACGCCAACAAGGGCAACAACUACAACAAGCACAACAACGACAACAACGACAACAACAACGACGACCACCACACAGUUGCCCAUAAUAGAAAAAGAAACACUGCCGCCAUUGGGUCCGCCCACCACACCAAAACCAAUUGGCAAACUACGUCCGCCACCCAUCCUCAAUCAGCCCAGUGAUCCCAGCUGCAAAUUGCCCGUCAAUCCAAAUUAUGACGUUGACUUUGUGCAGGCUGGCUAUCGGUUUUAUUCGCUCAAGGAUCAGCGUCUGGAAUUCGGAUCGCUGCCCGUUAAGCUGCGCAAGCACUACGACAUCAGCCUGUCCAUACGAACCAGCUAUCCCAAUGGCCUGCUCUUCUAUGCGGCUGGGCAGGAAAAGGAUGACUUCAUAGCGGUCUACAUGUCGGAUGGACGUGUGUACCACCAGGUGAACGUUGGCGCCACCGUCUCGGCGAAGAUUUCCAGCGAGGAGGAUCUAUUGGACGGCAAUUGGCAUACAAUAGAAUUCGUGCGCACCAAUCGUAAGAUUAGCCUUAGCAUAGAUGGCGUGGAGCAGGCGGGCUCUGUGGAGCUGAACAAUGAACGCGCCACUUCCUCGCCAGUCCUGUCGGUGACAUUCCCCGUCUAUGUGGGAGGUAUUACCAAAUAUCUGGAACCGAAUCUCAAACUUCAAACUGGAUUUGGAGGCAAUACAACAUCAUAUUACAAUGGCUGCAUCAAGGACAUCAAGUUCAAUGGCCUGGGAUUGGAGACGGAGCCAAUAGUGCACCAGGUGGUGCCUUGCUCGGAGGAAGUGGAGAAUGGAUACUACUUCCAUCAGCCGAGCGGCUAUGUGAAGCUCUUUGAGCGCUUCAUUGUGGGCACCGAUGUCAGCAUCAACUUUGACUUCCGGCCACGAGAUCCGAACGGCUUGCUGUUCUCAGUACAUGGCAAGAACUCGUACAUGAUCCUGGAGCUGGUGAAUAAUUCGCUCUUCUUCACCGUGAAGUCCGAUGCCAAGAACACGAUCGUCACCAACUAUACGCUGCCGGACAAUGCCAGCUUCUGCGAUAGCAAAUGGCGCAAUGUGCAGGCCAUCAAAUCCAAAUUUGUCAUUACCAUUGCCGUUGACUACAUCAGCUCCAAGCCGGGCGUGGGCCUUGACGGCUCGGCGUUCACCAAGACGAAUCGUCCAUUGUUUAUGGGCGGUCAUCAUGCGUUUGCUAAAGCGCCGGGCAUUAAGACGCGAAAGACCUACAACGGUUGCAUCAGGAAUAUCCAAGUCAAUAAGAAGGAUGUGACCAUAACGCCGAAUCUGGUCUUUGGCGAUAUCUGGCAAGGUGUUUGCCCGCAGAACUAAGCCACCUUUGAACAACACUCCACUUGAUAAAGGACAAGCAAGGGAGGAGAGAUGACAACAAUUGCAAUUCUGAAAAGGACAACGAACGAACAAACAAUACGAACAAAAUCGACGGGCUGUCUAAUGGACUGGAAGUCCUACGAGACGCGGACUUACAGCAUAGCCGAACGUCGUACAUAUAUAGCUUAUAUAAGUAAAAUCUUGUGCCAAUCCGUAAUAUCCAUAAAUUGCUUAAAUUUUUUAUAAU